AGUUUAGGGAGAUGCACAGUUUGAGCCUCAGUGGAUCCAAUGGGGUUCGGGGGUGUGUUGGCGGAGCUGUUAUGGAGGUGAGCUUCAGUUUAUUAAUAGAAACUUCUGCAGCUUUUUGAUUAAACAAACGUUAAUCUGCGGUCUUAUCAAACAGAUGAUUAAGUCUGUAUUAUUAUCUGUUUUAGUCUGUCGAUAGUUGGAGAGUUAAUCGAUUAAACUGAAGUUAAAAUUAAAACAGUUUAUUAUCUUCUCUGGUCGUGUCAACAGGUUUGUCUCUGUAUAAACUAAAGUCUUUGGUCUGUCUGUAGAAUAAAGGGUUGAUUUACCAUCUCUGUGGGUUAUUUCGACCUCAGUUCAGCCUGCAGGUGUUUCAUCCUCUCAUAGAUGCUCAGAAACGUUAAUAAUGACCUUCUGUGGUUUAAGUUGAUGUUUCAUUCAAUGAUGGUUUAACAGGAGAGAGUCUGAGUGUUUAUAACAUGCUCCUGUCAUGUUGUCUAUGUUUAAUAAGAUCAGCUUUUAUCGCCUUUUGUAGUCACCUUCAAGAAGAGGCAACAGCGUGUUUGGGUUACUUAAAAUAAUCUGAUUAUGUUAAAUUUUAUGGUUAAUAUUUCACUGCUGCAGUGAAUUAAUAAAGUUUUAUUUGAGAGGUUGUCUGUCCCUGUUUACCUUCCUAAAUUUAACAAAACUCAAUUUGACCAUAGUUAUGUUGGCAACAGGAGCAACAACAACCGGUGAUGAAAUUAAAGCCAAUGUAAAGGUAUUUUUAAAAAAAGUGCAGUUCUUUAAAUGUCCACUUGGGGCUCUCUCUGAAAGCUGAGGAAUCACCAUCAGAUCUCAUAUCUAAAGUGCCUGAUAAAAGUUCACAGUUUCGGUUUAUAAACAUAACUUCUUAACUUCUUCUCUCUUCCAGCAGCUGCUUGUUUGUAGCGAGACCUCCGGGCCAGUCCAUUACGGACUACAGCGGGGUGACGCAGCCCAAAAAAGAACAUUUAUGAUCAUUUCUUCAUGGAAAUACAAUCAGACCGAGACGGUAAGGCAGAAGAACGUCUGCAGAGAAAAUGAUUAAUAUGGUGAUUAUUACUUCAAGGAAAUGAUAAAGAAACGAUCAUAAAUGUUCUUCCUUGAGCUGUGUCACCCUGCUGUAGUCCGUAAUGGACUGUCCUGAGGUCUCGCUACAAACAAGCGGCUGCUGGAAGAGGGUAGGUGAGUUUUUUUAAACGCCUCAUUUGAUCAUUUUGAGCUCAAAGCUCUACAGACAUUUGCAUAAUUAGGGGUGUGGCUGAUUGACUGACAGGCGGGUGGUUGUAGCUGUUUUGAGGAGGCUGUAUACUUGCAGCAACUUUGUUUUGGUUCUGAUUGAUUCAAAGAAAGCUGGAGUCAGCAUUUUAAAUAAAGGGACAAUCUUUGGGCUUCAUAAGGUCUCUUCAGAUACCAAUAUGUGACACCACUGAGUCUGUGUUUGUGUCUGAUACUGUAAAGGCAACAGUCAGCUAUGAGUGAGAGCACCCUCUGCUGGUCAAACCGCAUAAUGACAACAUUUCCAAACCACAUAAAUUCUUCUUUUCUGGUGUUUCUGCACUUUUUAAAGGAGGAGGUCGCGCUCUCAAAGUUUCCUUUGCAGCCUCACCUGUGUGUCUCUGCUCUCUCUCUCUCUCUCUCUCUCUCUCUCUCUCUCUCUCUCUCUCUCUCUCUCUCUCACUCCUCAGGUGCUGAGAUCAGGUGACUAAGAUGAUGAUUCCUCUGUGGAACACCAGCUGUGAUCAGUGAUGGAUCAGAUCACCUUCCAUCAUGACACCGUGCUGUCAGACAUCCACCUGCUGCUGCCGAACACACGUCACCUCAUGACCCGCCUCAACAACGUUGGACAGCCAGGUGUGUGUGUAUAAGAACAUCUUUUCUCUGAUCUUAAAGAAAUCCAGUUAAAGAGACAGACAUAAAUGUAUAAAUGUGUUUUCUUUUUGCUGUUUUUGGUCCGUCCAGUCUUUGUCUCCAAAUUUAAGAUCCUGAGGGACGCUGAGAGGAGGGACAGCAGCGAUGGAGUGAGAGGUUUGGAGGAGACAGAGAAAUAUGAAGACAGGAGGAAAGACGAUGACACACCGAGAGAAGAUACAGAGGAAGGAGGAGGAGGAGGAGGAGGAGGAGGAGUGGAGCCGCUGCUGGAUGAAGAUGGAGAUCUGGACGUUACACACCGGUAAAAAACAUGAUGACCUUUUCUGUGACUGUUAGUGUGUUUAAUGAUCAAAAUUCACAUAAUCUUCCUCAUCAUGAAGGAAUGGGUUAAACGGCUCCUACAGCAGCAGCAGGGUGGUGUCUCUGUGAUCAGGAAUCUCUGUUCAGCAGAAGUUAAUACCCUGACCUCCUCCCUCCUCCCUCCACACUCUCAGACCGUCCUAACAUCUAAAGAUAGAAACCUCACCACCUGAUACCUCAUUCAGCUAAAGCAGCGUGACGGUGUCCUUCUGUGUUAAAAAAAACUCGACCUCACAGGCAGGAAACUACACAAGAGUCCAUUUUAAAACAGACAUUUUACAGCAGAAUCAAACAUGUUUACAGCAAACCAAUACCAAUAUCAAUAUUCAUAAUCAGGAGUGCAGCUGGUUUGUCUUGUUGUGUUGAGGCUAAGCUACAGCCUCAUGAAUGAACAGCUGUUUUUAUCCUGUCUCUGUUUACAUUUGUGUUUUAGUUUAACAUGAGAAAUAUCAGAGUUUCAUGGAUGUACUUUCACCUUCCUUUGACUCCACAGACCGAGGAGAGACUCUGUGGAGAUCAGCCGAGAGUUUAUUUGUCCUGUCAUCCUCCAGCAGUCUGACUCUGCGCUCAAUUAUGAAGAAGAGGAGGAGGGGGAUGAUGAAGGUGAUAAAUGCUCCAAAGAUGUCAUAAAGAUCGGUAAGAGCCUGGACUAACUCUGUGCUGACUCACUCACUUUAUCUCAGACUGUGUUGCUGUAAAGAUGAAUCAGGUUACAGAGGAUGUUUUGUGAAUUCAGACAUCUAGAGAUCAGUGUGAGGUUAAUGAAGGUCGGUAUUUAAUGAAUGAACACUGAUUUAUGCUUUAAUCUUGUCUUUUCACAGAGCACACGAUGGCCACUCCGCUGGAGGACGUCGGCAAACAGGUCAGAGAUUAAAAUUUAAAAAUAAACUUUCUCCUCUUUUACUCAUUUAAACAUGGCAUGAAGAGAGGUGGAGGUGUGAUAAACCUUUCAGUCAUUCAAUGGUUAAUAUGAACACAUGAAUAUGUGGUCGUUUUCUCUCCAUUGGCUCCUCAGGUGUGGAGAGGAGCCUUCCUCCUGGCUGACUUCAUCCUCUCUGAGUCCGUCAUGUUCUCCGGUGCUACAGUCCUCGAACUCGGGGCAGGAACGGGUGUGACCAGCAUCGUCAUGGCAACUGCUGCCAAAACGGUCUACUGCACAGGUGAAUGUUUUGAUCUGUCAGACCAAAAAAAAGAAUUAUGUUAAAAAUGUUUGUAUUUGACGCUUUACACUAAAGGAAAAAAUGAUAAUUAAUGCAAAUGUAGAUAAAUUUAUACGGUGAACUGUAAUAAAUGGACGCAUUAAAAUGAGAUAGUAAAGCAUGUAUGCACAGGUGUGUAACGACGUAAAGAAAGAAUUAAACACAGUAAAUCUAAUAUGAAUAUUAAUCACAUAUCAGGAUUAAAGUUCUACGUUUAGAUCCUAAUAUCUGAUUUUUGUUUUCCAGAUGUUGGAUUUGACCUUCUGAGCAUGUGUGAGAAAAAUGUGACGCUAAACAGACACCUGAUGGAGCCUGCAGGUACGAGCUCUUUAAACAGAUAUUUCACACAUUACAUUUAUGUUACAUAUAAUCCAAACAGUCCGAAUAUGAAGCUCUUAUUGUCGCUGGAUUGUUUCUGUCUUACUUUGCUUCAUAUUUCAUCAAACAAACGAGUUAAAAAAAAGAGUCUCUAAUAUGGAAAAAGUUUAUUUUCUUCUGUCGUUUAGGUGGUGAGGUAAAGGUGAGACAGUUGGACUGGCUGCAGCAUGACCUCUGCACAGGUAACACACACACACACACACACACACACACACACACACACACACACACACACACACACACACACACACACACACACACACACACACUUUAUUCUUAAAUCACCGAGCUGCGUUAAAGCUGUAUCAUAAUAAAGUCACUAAUAAAUGAAGAACUCUUCCUCCUCCUCCUCAUCCUCAGUGUGUUACUUCCUGCUACAGAAACCAUAAAAAAACCUCUGACUGUCUCUGUGAUCUUUAACCCUUCAGAUGCUGGAGAGGAGUUCAGCUGGACGGAGGAGGAGGUGGCGGACAUGUUCGACAACACGCGCUUCAUCAUCGCUGCUGACGGUACGAGAACAUAAUACAUGACCAUGAUUUUAUCCCUCCAGAUCAAAAAUAUAAAGUCCUAUCUUGUGUAUUUUGGGUGUCUUCAGUUUGCUACGAUGAUGAACUGACAGACGGCCUCUUCAGGACUCUGUAUAAACUCUGCAGCAGCUUUAAUCGCCCCUGCAUCAUCUACAUCUCCAUCGAGAAAAGGUACGAGGAUAAAAUCAUGAAAAUCAUUUCAAAGGUUGACAGAAAGAGUUUGUGUAGAGACGGUUUCAGAGUGAGAUAAGAUUUUAUCCUGCUGUUAGAGCAACAACAAGAACUUUUGAUUAACAGACUCCUUCAGAAAGCUGACUGACUCUGAGUGCUCCGUCUCUGAGGUCGAGUUUGAUUCUUAUAAAGGACCAAAAGUUAACCACGUGUCUCCUGCUGCUUCCAUCAGGAUGAACUUCACCCUCAGACACCUGGAUGUCUCCUGUGAGGCGUACGACCACUUCAGACACUGUCUGUCUCAGCUGCAGGACCUGCAGGACGGACGCUGCAGCUUCACCGUCACUCAGCUUCAGACCGGCUUCCCUCAGUUUCUGAUUUACGAGCGCAUCGAGCAUCUGGUGGGAAACGCACAGACAGAUAUAUUCACAUUUAUGUUUCUUGUCUUUAAACAAACCUGAAACCCUGAGCUUCAGGUUGUAAACUCAGCUGAGUACUUGGCAUGAACACAGACACACAAAGACACAUAAAAGCUUAAUGAGUGUUCUUAACGAUCAUGAUCAGAGAAGUUUAUGAAGGUUUUUACUAAUAAAUAAAAUAAUUGAUCUGUGAUUGAUGUCUGCAGGAGCUGUGGAAGGUGACCUCCUCUCCUCUUCAUCUUCAGACUGAGUCCAAAACCGACUGAAACGACUCCCAUCCUGAUCCGGGGGCCACAGGUUGACCCACAGAUCACAGACUGCACUGACCUCUCUGCACACAGAGCUCCUGUUUUUAAUCAGCUGUGAAAUGAUUUAACUCUUUUUUUAUAAAAACAGGGAACACUUUGAGUUUAGGGAAAUAGUUGAGCAGGUCAAUUAAGUAUUUAAUGAGUUUUAAUUAAUAUAUUGUUUGCAGUUUGUUGCGUGAACUAACACGUGACGUUCAAAACUGAGCGUCAGCCGAGUGUUUGUUUGAUUUAGAGUUUGAAUAAAGUUUUAAUAUAAACUGAGUCUCUUUAAACGUUUGCUUUGGCUGCAGGUCUGUAACAUGAUUUAAAGCAGUGAAGUGUUGCUUGAAGUCAGCUCUGCAGAAGAUGUCAAAUCCAGGUCAAUUUUGGAUUAUUUUCCAAUCGCAACACAAUAUUAAGCAUGUUAUUUCACAGCUUUGUGCUGCCCUCUAGUGGAGGAUAUUUGCCUGCUUUUAUGCAAAUCAGAGCAGAUGAAGCCUCCUUUUUCUGCAGCUUUAUCAGUGUCUUAUUUCACGGUGAAGAGGCUUUACAGAGAAUGUAUCACAUUUAGAGACAGCCUCAAGUGGACACUCUUGGUAGUGCAGUCUUUGAAUCAAUCAAUCAAUCAAUCAGUUUUUAUUUAUAUAGCACUUUUCAGACACGACCAUGUAGCAUAAAGUUCUUUACACAGAAAAAGGAAUAAAAGAAACGAAGAAUACCCAAAUCUACCCCAGCCAGAAACAGGAUUAAAAUGCAUAAACUUAAAAAGGGCUUGAUUUCGUGGAAACAGGAAUGUGCGCACUGAGGAAACACUGGAGGUUUAAAAUCUAAAAACAAAGUAACAUAGAAUUAAAUUUAAGAAGUAAUAAAUAAAAUGAAAUAAAAACAACAGUAAAAGAUACUAACAUAAGAGCACCAAAACAGCUCAAUAAAAGACGAUCCUGUCAUUAAAACUGGAAAGAGAUAAAUGCUAAAACACUUAAAGUUAAUGAUAUAAAAUUUAGUUAAAAGCAAGACUGAAAGGUUUGUUUUCAGUUUGCUUUUAAAAUCAUUAAGAUUAGUUUCAGUCCUCAGGUCUUCAGGUCAGCUGUUCGAUAGACGGGGGCCGUAGUAAUAAAAAGAUGUCUCACCAUUUGUCUUAAUUUUAACUUUAGGUAAUAAUGUUAACAGAGAACUUCCUGAAGACCUGAGGACUCUAACAGGCUCAUAAGGUAAAAGCAGUUCGUAUAAAUAAGACAGCUAAAGCCAUUAAGAGCUUUAAAAACCAAUAAAACAACCUUAAAAUCUAUUCUGAGAGAGACGGGUUGCCAGUGCAGAGAGCUUAAAAUCAGUGUAAUGUGAUCUCUCUCUUUCUGGUCCUUGUUAACAUCCGUGCAGUUUUUGGGACUUCCUUCACGGCUGAUUUUAAUCUGUUGUUCAGAAUAACUCAGUUUGUCCUUUAAAAAAGUUGCAGCUAAAAACACUAAGAGGACAUCACAGAGCAGGAGGAGCAGAGGUAUGUUUCUACUGUAUUAUUAUGCAGUGUGAAUUUUGUGUUAUUUCAUAAAAACACCCUGAGGCUUUAUCAAAUAGGUGACUCAUCUCCUCAGGUGAACUUGUCAAAUAAUACAAACAAAUUGUGGUCUUAGUGUUACGAAACAAUCAGAGCAGAGGUGCUUUAUUAAACAACACUGGGUUAGGUCAAAGUCAUGAUCCGUCUGAUUCGUCUCUGAAUGAAGUCCCAAUUAGACUUUUGUUUGGAAACAAGCAGCUUGACCCCGAAAACAUCAAGAACCCAGAGUUCAUUAUCCUCAGUGAGUAAUGUCGAGGUUAUUCUCUCGGAGAGCAGAGCUGCAGCUGUUUCCUUCUAACACUGCAUCUGCGACCAACAAAAAACAAGGAGCUUUAUUGUGAAAGGAUUUAUGGUCUGACUGCACUGAGUGUGGCAAACACUGGACUGAAGAAGAGAGUCAAACAUCAUUACAGACAGUAUAAAACAUGGUGGACGUCCUGAUAGGGUUGCGUUCAUGACAAAAAAAAGGGAACAGAGUCAUGCCACGUGAUCUUUCUUCUUCUAUUCAGACAUUUGUUUACAACAAUAAUAUUCAAACUUAAAUGCAAAUAGUGUUCGGUGAGUUGCUUCAUCAUGACUAUUAAAUUUCCACUUCCUAACUAAGCCUUUGCACAACCACACAGAGAUAUGCAACAUGCAAGAAGUGUGUGACCCAGUCUGCACAGACGCCACAAAAGCAAAGUGGUUCAUGAAUGAAUUCAGAGGAUCUGAAGCACUCAGGGGUGUGUGUUUAAUUGAAGGCUCUUGUUUUGAAGGGCUGCAGACUCUUUUUUAACUUGCACCCUGCAGAAACAGGGCUUCAAACAAACACACUUCUGAGAGCCUCAGAUCUUCUCUAACUUUAGACGUUGACACCUUUUGUUUCCACGCUGUGUCUGAGUUUCUCAAUGAAUAAGUUUAAGAACGAGCUACAAGUUUGUGCAAAAACAAAACAACAUGGACAUAAAGGUGCAGAUUUAUGCUUUUUGAUUUUAUUUUUUAUCCAAAUGUUUAGCAGUUGAUUGCAAUAUAUGUGUUUAAAUCUGCUUGACUCCUAUGUAGGGGAGAGUGGGGUAAGAUGAUCCAUUUUUCUUAUUUCAGAUCACUACAUCAAGUCAAUCAUAGUUUU